AUGAUGGUGAGCAAUUGGCCGAUGUCAAAAGAUGACUUAUACGGACCACCGCCUGCAUAUUCUGUCACGAAUAACUAUGAAAAUCCACCGUCCUAUACGCCGCCGAUCUACAGUGUACCUUGUCAAGGUAUGGGCCAUCAAGAAAGGUCGGUCAGACGGCCUACGGUCACACCACCGAAUCGAUUUACACGAUAUCUAUUAGGAUCAGGACUUCUUCAUAUGGUUGUCGGACUAGGAACGAUUGUUUGUGAUGUGAUUCUAACGAUUAUGAACGAAUCAUAUUCAUUCACUGGACUAUGGUCAGGUGCUUUAAGUAUUGUAUUAGGCAUUUAUUUAAUUUUAUUUAUGAGUCAUCCACAUAAAAAUCAAGGUUCAUUUCAACGAUUAAAGUUAUUUCAUUUGGGAAUGUUUAUUGUUGCAGUUAUAGCACUAAUUCUCUCUUCGAUCAAUCUGGCGUCAGAUUCAUGUUACAAAAUCUUUUUAGGUCCUGACCGAUGUCACGAUUCGUCCUAUUUGAUAAAGAUUAUUCUUGUUAUAUUUUUCUCGUUUACUUUCGUUCAAAUAUGUAUUACUAUCGCAAUGACAUGUAUCUAUACAAAGAAAUCGCGUUUAACAGUGCCCAGAAAUCCAGAUCCAACGCCGAAUAUUGCUUAUUGA